AUGCGAUGUUUUGAGGGGUUGGAUUGCGAGGAGAACGCUAGCUGUAAUGAAUGUAUAGGUGUUGCGUGUACACGGGUAACGACGUUGGAUCCGGAGAGUAAUGGUGUUUUGGCGCUGACAUGUCUACCGUUUGAUACGAGGGAAUACGGUGGAAUCGAGCAAGACGGAUGUCGCACCCAAGGUCUCACCAUCACCUGCAUCUGUCAGUCGCACGAUUACUGUAAUCCCGCCACGCAGCCCUUGUUUUUGAUUUCUAUUAUUCUGGUGUUGCUAUUUAUUCUGUGGCGGCGGUCA